CGCUGGCGUGGGGUGUCGACGCGCGAUAUCUGCGCCUGCGCAAUCGGGAGCGGUCUUUUCCUGACAGCAGACAAGAUGGCGGAAGUGGAGCAGAAGAAGAAGCGAACCUUCCGGAAAUUCACCUACCGCGGCGUGGACCUGGAUCAGCUGCUGGACAUGUCCUAUGAACAGCUCAUGCAGUUGUACAGUGCUCGACAGCGGCGGCGACUGAACAGGGGUCUGCGGCGCAAACAGCAUUCCCUCCUGAAGCGCCUGAGGAAGGCCAAGAAGGAGGCACCCCCCAUGGAAAAACCCGAGGUUGUAAAGACACACCUUCGGGACAUGAUCAUUCUGCCAGAGAUGGUGGGAAGUAUGGUGGGUGUCUAUAACGGCAAGACCUUCAAUCAGGUAGAAAUUAAGCCCGAGAUGAUUGGACACUACCUGGGCGAAUUCUCCAUCACCUACAAGCCUGUGAAACACGGCCGGCCGGGUAUUGGAGCCACCCACUCCUCUCGUUUCAUCCCUCUCAAGUAACCCGGAUCCUCACAAUAAAAAUAAGAAGCUUCUUAGUGAA